CUAAAUAUCUCCUCUUCCUUUCACUUUUCAUUUGUUUGCAUUCUCUCUUUUGCUCUCUCUUCUCCUGUUUCAUUAUUUUUUUUUAUUCUGUUUGUUUGUACCUUUCUGUAUGAUCAAGCUUGAAACUGAAAAUGUUUCAUGACCACCAUUUUUCUCCUCCUUGUUUGCAUUGCCACCCAAAUAGCUACAUAAGGAUGCUUGCAUGGGAAAUACAGGUUCAGCAUCUAAUAGAAAGGUGCUUACUUUUUCACAUGAACCGAGACCAAUGCAUAAAGGCACUGGCGGAGCAUGCCAAUAUUCGGCCACUGGUUACACUAACAGUGUGGAGGGAGCUACAAAAGGAGAACAAGGACUUCUUUCAAGCAUAUUUCCAUGCUAUCUCUCCCAGGCCUUUCAUAAGUAGAUAUAUUCGAAGGAGACCGAGGUUCACAAGAAGGAGACAAUGGAUGUGAAAGAAAAUCAAAGGAAACGAUCAUAGAACUCAUACUAUGGCUGAAGAUAAGCUAGAUUAGUGUAUGCUAGAGUUAUGUAUAAGCUUUUUGUGUGUAGUCUUAAGAUACAUCUUUCUUCUAUGCUUGUGAGAGUUGAGAGGGAGAAUUAUUCUGAUAAGUUCAUAUAAUUCCUGAACAUUGAACUACAA